GCUCAGCAACAGAGCAGACAAUAAUGCUGUGAGGUACAAUAAGACCAGACAGAACAGUUCUUCAUUGGAUACUAUCAUCACAUUUGUCUGUUGAAGAUGCAAAAUCAGAAGGAUGAAAAGGAAAUGAACGUAGAGAGGUCACUUUCAGCUCAGAAGGUCGGUUUACAUGACUUUGUGCUUCUGGAUUCCCACACCAGCGAGGAAGCUUUUAUGGACAAUCUUCGAAAACGCUUUCAUGAAAAUCUUAUAUAUACAUAUAUAGGGACAAUGCUCGUGUCUGUGAAUCCGUACAAAGAACUUGAUCUGUAUACCCAGAGGCAAAUGGAGAUGUACCAAGGAGUUAACUUCAUAGAGUUGCCACCACACAUAUAUGCGGUAGCAGAUAAUGCUUAUAGGGCGAUGUGCACAGAGCGUAACAACCACUUCAUCUUGAUCUCUGGAGAGAGUGGAGCUGGGAAGACAGAGACUUCCAAGAAGAUCCUCCAAUAUUUGGCCAUGGUUUGUCCAAUCACAGAGAAGCUUCACACAAUCAGAGAUCGUCUCCUUCUGUCCAAUCCUGUGCUUGAGGCUUUCGGGAAUGCCAAAACUCUCCGUAAUGACAACUCAAGCAGAUUUGGAAAGUACAUGGAUGUGCAGUUUGAUUACAAGGGAGCACCUGCUGGUGGGCACAUCCUGAGCUACCUAAUUGAGAAGUCUCGAGUGGUUCAUCAGAAUGAGGGGGAGAGGAACUUUCACAUAUUCUACCAGCUGCUGGAGGGAGGCGAGGAUCAUCUUGUUCGUUGGCUGGGUUUGGAGCGUAACCCACAGUUGUACAGUUACCUUAUCCAGGGUCAGUGUGCCAAAGUAAGCUCCAUUAGUGACAAAGACAACUGGAAGCUUGUCCGAAGAGCAUUCACAAUCAUCGAGUUCACAGAAGCUGAUAUUGAGAACCUGUUUGGAAUUGUAGCUAGUGUCCUACACCUGGGAAACAUAAAGUAUGAAGAAGACAGUCAAGGUCACGCUAUCAUUAGGGAUGGGACACAAAUUCAGUGGAUAUCUAAGCUACUUGGCGUCCCUUUAUCACUUUUGCAAGAGGCGCUAACACACAGAAAGAUUGAAGCCAGGGCAGAAGAGGUCCUCAGCCCCCUGAAUUUAGAGCUGUCUUACUAUGCUCGUGAUGCUUUCGCCAAAGCCAUUUAUGGAAGGUCCUUCCAUUGGCUCGUCAACAAAGUCAAUUGCGCUCUAGCCAACAAGGAACCACCAAGGAAGUCAGUAAUUGGACUAUUGGAUAUUUACGGUUUUGAAGUGUUUGAAACAAAUAGCUUUGAACAGUUCUGUAUUAACUACUGCAAUGAGAAAUUACAACAGCUCUUCAUUUCCAUGACAUUGAGGGCAGAGCAAGAAGAGUAUGAAACAGAAGGAAUUGAGUGGGAACCAGUGCAGUAUUAUGACAACAAAAUCAUCUGCGACCUUAUUGAAGAAAAGUACAAAGGAAUAAUCGCUAUAAUGGAUGAGGAAUGUUUGAGACCUGGGGAAGCCACAGACCUGAGCUUGCUGGCAAAGUUAGAGGAGAAGGUUGGAGACCACCCCCAUUUUCUUACACGUAAACUUGCAGGCCCAAACGUCAGAAAGUCUAUAGACUGGGUGGACUUUAGGCUCAUUCACUAUGCAGGGGAAGUUACUUACUGUGCUGUAGGAUUUUUGGAGAAGAACAAUGAUCUGCUGUACAGAAAUCUUAAAGAGGUGGUGAUAAAAUCCAAAAACUAUAUUCUAAGGGACUGUUUUCAUGCUGUAGAACUGGACAACAAACGGAGGCCUGAGACUGUGACAACUCAGUUUAAGAACAGUUUAUCUAGCUUGAUAGAGAUCCUGAUGUCAAAGGAACCUACAUAUAUCAGGUGUAUAAAACCCAAUAAGGACAAACAGCCUGGGAAGUUUGAGGAUGUUUUAGUGCGUCACCAAGUCAAGUACCUUGGUUUGAUGGAGCAUUUAAGAGUCAGAAGAGCAGGAUUUGCCUAUCGCAGGAAAUAUGAGAUAUUCUUGCAGAGGUAUAAAUCAUUGUGUCCACAAACCUGGCCUAAGUGGAAUGGCUCUGCCCGGGAAGGUGUCCAGAUAUUGGUGAAGCACAUUGGUUACCAACCCAAUGAAUAUAAACUGGGAAGAACAAAGCUGUUCAUUCGCUAUCCUCGCACUUUAUUUGCAACUGUGGAUGCCUUUGAAGUGAGAAAAAAUCAAUUAGUUUCAAAAAUUCAAGCCAAAUAUAAAGGGUGUUUAGGACGAAGAUCAUUUCAGAAGAAAAAGAAGGCAGCUAUCAAGUUGGAAUCGUGCUGGCGUGGAGUCCUGGCCCGCAAAGCAGCGAAGAGGAGAGCAUGGGCAGCUCAGACCAUAAGGAAGUUUAUCAUGCAGUUUAUCAAUCGGAAUAAAUCUCAGGAAAAUAAGAAAAUUGGAUACUUCAGCCUUAUGCACUAUAACUACCUCUGGAAACUGAAAGAUCAUUUGCCCAAAAAUGUACUGGACGGGAGUUGGUUGGCCCCACCUGCAGCCAUGAAAAAGACCUCAGAACUACUGCACAAACUUUGCAUGAGAACCCUGGUGAGAAAAUACUGCAGGACUAUUACCCCCCAGAGAAUAGAGCAGAUGCACCAGAAAGUAUUGGCCAGUGAGAUUUUUCAAGGGAAGAAGGAGGGCUACUCACAGAGUAUCAGCCAGCCAUUUUCAGAGACCAGACUCAGUGAACAAAAUAUUAACCCAAAAGUGCUUCAGCUCAUGUUAUAUGAUAAGGUCAAGUAUGGUACGCCUGUGAUUAAGUACGACAGACGUGGGUUCAAACCCAGACCUCGACAGCUCCUGAUGACACAGUCAGCACUUUUUGUGACAGAGCAAGCCAAGAUCAAGAAUAAAAUUGAAUUCUCAAGCCUAAAAGGUAUCUCAAUUAGUGGUUUGAGUGACGGGUUCCUUAUCAUCCAUGUGUUACAAGAGGACAACAAACAAAAGGGAGAUGUCAUAUUACAAUGUGAACAUAUAUUUGAAACAGUCACAAAAUUAUGCAUGCUGGCUGACAAGAAGGACGCAGUUACUAUACAACCGAAGAGCGCUGUAUACCACUUCCAGGGAAAAGAUUGGAGAGUUGAUUUUACAUCAGGGACAGAAUCCCAAGUGUACAAAGCUAAGAACGGGCACCUGACAGUGGUGUCACCCAGGAUAAAAUCCUAACCAUCAGUUCCUUAUGAUUAAAAAAUUGAAAAAGGACGACAAAUACCUCAAACAUAACAACAAGAGGAAUUUUCACAAAUUUACCUGGGAUUAUUGCAGCAACUAGGACUCAAGAAGGAAAAAAAUGUAUAUAUCCAGGGUUAU